UGUAAGAUUCUCAAGUUUUUUUUUUUUUUACUUAUUACAUUCAAUUAGUUUUAAAGUAUGCACUACAGUUACAAGUAGGCCUAUGAUAUAUAGAAUUAUUUAUAGUGCAGUGCUGUUUACAACACUGGAUUAUUUUUAAAUAAACAAUCAAAGCUGUACAAAAGAAAUUAAAUGAAGUCAGCUCUAUCGUGAUCAUUCUUAAUUAUUACUAAAACUACACAUUUGUGAUUUGUGAGAUACUAUGAGAUAUUUAUGACUAUAUUUUGCAGAUAAUAUGAACCUCAAUUGUCAAUUGAAUUGUUUUGACUUACUCAUUGCAUCAAAUUUGAAAUGUAGGCUACAUGCUGCGUACUGAGCACAGUGGAAACAUUCUUUCAAAUGUGCUACUAAACAGAAUAAUUUGAUAAACAACUAUACCACACUAAAAUGGGAUGUUCCCUUAAAAUAUUUAGUUGCACAGGUUGUCAUAGAGCUGCAAAGAUCUCUGUUAACAUUACAGACAAACGCGCUACAGUUUUGGAUGUUUAUUUAUUUAUUUAUUUAAACAGAUUAAAUAAUUAUCUACUACAUUAUUAAGGGCAACUACAUUAAAAAUAAUAACAAUUAUCACAUCGUUGUCGUUUAGGUUAGAACUAAUAAUAAGUGGUUUGAUUAAAGCCUGCUACACAUUAAUAGUUAGAUCUGAGAAUACUAGUAAUAUUUAGGUGGCUAUAUCUACGGAUCAGGGAGUGCACACACCAUUUCAUCAGCCAGGCUGUAAUUCUUCUUUUUUGUGACUUCCCAUCAUCUAAAUCAGCCUUUUAAUUUAGAUUAGCUUGGUUAACCUUCGCUCCGUGCUGAGUUAAUUAGGUUGGGAUUUCGCUGACCCGCAGGUCACAAUCCCUCUAUCUUCGAGUCGAAGGUACUUGGUGGAUCAGAAAGAUAAGAUGAAGGUAAACUUUACACGUUGCCUUAGGGUGAGAGUGCAGGCUGGUGUAAAUAAAGUAUUAUACGCCCUCGCAGAAGCCAUCAAGCUCCUCAGAGACUGGAAACACGUUUAACAUAUUAGCAGUAUUUUUAAAUAGGUACUGCCAAUUUCAGGAAAAGUGAUCGGCUAUAAAAGGCUGAAGAAGACAUGCAUAACUGCAAUAAUCACGGCGUUGUUAGAAAUAAGAUUUUUAAACACAUGCAUAAAUAAUGGAUGUGUUAAUUCGAUUUGGUUUGUUCGCAAUAAAAAUAGGUAGACUGUUCUGUAAAUAACUUGGACUACAUUUGUUUUUCUAUUGCUCACCUUCCUCGAGAGAGCGAUUAAAAGUCUUCUUCAAUACUUAUCGAUCGCCUUUUACUCUGGUCACUCCGACCAGGGCGAGUUUUCUACGCCCGUCUCUGUCUCUCUCUGUCUGUCUAUCUCUCUCGCGCUCGCGCGCGCUCUCUCUCUCUCUCUCUCUCUCUCUCUCUCUCUCUCUCUCACACACACACACACACACACACACACACACACACACACACACACACUCAUAAAGGUACUGACAUCCCGGUGCUCUGCGACAAAUCGUUACAGACCCGCACUAUUUGUGUGUGUGAUCAGUAAAUAUUUAGUGUGACACCGUAGCUGUGUCCCGUCCUAAUCGAUACCGGUUUACAGGGGGAGUGCUCCCUGCGGGUGAAGAUCACCGCUUACGAGGUGAGGUUUACACGCUUAAGUCACACGAAUGGCGCUGCGGCUUCCUUAUCUACCAAUGUGCCCCGAAAAUCACAUUUUGGAGGCCUUCAGAAGAGCUGCAAAGAUCUGUGUUAACAUUACAGAUAAACGCGCUACAGUUUUUCUUAUUUAAACAGAUUAAAUAGCCUAAUUGUUAAGGUAAACUACAUUAAAGUGCCAUAACAAUUACCACAUCGUUGUCGUUUAGGUUAGAACUAAUAAUAAGUGGCUUGGUUUAAAGUUUAGUCUGGUCUCGUUGAACUUGGCAUUGGAUAUAGUGAGAAUGUCCCCAUAAACAGACAUGUGUCUCUCCUGGCUGCGUCUCCCCCUCCCUCUCACUGUCUCCCCCUCUCAGCCUACACAAAGUAAGUGGCGUUCUACCUUCUGUACAACAGAAAAACACGCAAAGGACCAUCUUGUCACGUUUUUCAAAACACUUUCGACAUCUCUGCCUAUAAAGACAACCCCAUUAGUAGCUGUGUACAAAAUAACAGGCUUACAAAGUUGAAGCGUCGUAGAAAACUUUAUUUUGUUUGACGCUCUCCCAAUUAUUUUUUCUACUUCUUUUACUCCCUAAAGCUUUUUAAUCAUUUCAAUAAACCGAGGAACCUGUUUUUCUCGUGCACUACUCCGUCUGUGGGGAAGGGAAACCUGUCUGCCCCAUCAAAUACAUCGUUAAAACACAAAGAAAGAGAGGAGACUAAGUUCAUUUUCUCUAGGAGAGGAUGCACUACGAGGAGGACGAAUCGACAUCAUAUUCUUUUGCGGUCCAGAGGGGCAGGAUGCCACCAACGCAGCCGCACCACGGCCAGUUCGCCUUGACGAACGGGGACCCGCUGCACUGCCAUUCCUACCUAUCGGGAUAUAUCUCUCUGCUGCUGCGAGCAGAGCCCUACCCCACGUCGCGUUAUGGCAGUCAGUGUAUGCAGCCCAACAACAUCAUGGGCAUCGAGAACAUUUGCGAACUGGCGGCGCGCAUGCUGUUCAGCGCCGUGGAGUGGGCCAGGAAUAUUCCCUUCUUCCCCGACCUGCAGAUCACAGACCAGGUGGCUCUGCUCAGGCUCACCUGGAGCGAGUUGUUCGUCCUCAACGCGGCCCAGUGCUCCAUGCCAUUGCAUGUAGCUCCUCUUCUAGCCGCCGCAGGCCUCCAUGCCUCCCCCAUGUCCGCGGACAGAGUGGUCGCAUUUAUGGACCACAUUAGGAUCUUCCAGGAGCAAGUUGAAAAGCUCAAAGCAUUACAUGUCGACUCGGCCGAAUACAGCUGCCUAAAAGCUAUCGUGUUAUUCACCACGGAUGCUUGUGGUCUGUCAGACGUGGCCCACAUCGAAAGUUUGCAGGAGAAGUCGCAGUGUGCACUGGAGGAGUACGUGCGGAGCCAGUACCCUAACCAGCCUACGCGAUUUGGGAAGUUAUUACUACGCCUGCCUUCUCUGCGCACAGUGUCCUCUUCGGUCAUAGAGCAAUUAUUUUUCGUCCGAUUGGUAGGUAAAACCCCAAUUGAAACCCUCAUCCGGGAUAUGUUGCUGUCAGGGAGCAGUUUUAACUGGCCAUAUAUGUCCAUCCAAUAAGCAAAAGGAAGGAUCGGAAAUGGGGAUCCACUAGUUAGCGCUUCUUUUUGUGCAAGAAACCGGCUGUUACACGAGUUUACUUUCACGGAAAAGAGACGUUUUUCAUAAAUGACUGUGAAUCUUCAAAUCUGAGACAUUUAAUUAAAAGUAACUCGCGUGGGGGGGGGGGGGGGUU